GCGCAGUGGUCGAGGGCGUGAGCGCACAGAGCUGUUGCCAGAGCAGCACAUGAGCGCGCGCGCGAGUGAGUGUGUGCGUGUGUGUGUGUGCGCUCCUUCCAGAUCGCUUCGAUCAUCCUCCGGUUAUUGAUUGUGAGCGAGCGGUUGAUUGAUACAUCAUGUCCGUGCUGCAGGAGUACGAGCGCGCGCCCAAGCGCCUGAAGGUGUCCGCCGAGGAUGAGGAGGAGCUGGAGGAAGGCGAGGAGUCAGACUCAGCAUCCGCGGGGCUCCUGGGUGACGAUGAGGAGGAUGAAGGACAGAACAGAGCGCGCUGGAGCUGCGCGGAGAGGAAGGACAGCGGCUCUGAGGCUCACCGCAUCGCUCCGUCUCCCGUCGUCCACGUGCGAGGACUGUGUGAAUCCGUGGUGGAGGCCGAUCUGGUCGAGGCCUUGGAGAAAUUCGGAAACAUCUGUUAUGUGAUGAUGAUGCCGUUCAAGCGUCAGGCUCUGGUGGAGUUCGAGGAGGUUCAGAGCGCUGACCGCUGCGUGGCGUGUGGCUCGCAGGAGCCCGUCUACAUCGCCGGACAGCAGGCCUACUUCAACUACUCCACCAGCAAACGCAUCACACGGCCCACCAACGCCGACGACCCCAACAGCGGGAACAAAGUGCUGCUGCUGUCCAUCCAGAACCCGCUGUACCCCAUCACUACGGAUGUUCUGUACACUGUCUGUAACCCGAUCGGAAACGUGCUGCGGAUCGUGAUCUUCAAGAGGAACGGGAUCCAGGCCAUGGUCGAGUUUGAAUCCAUCCAGAACGCUCAGAAGGCCAAAGCCGCCCUCAAUGGGGCUGACAUCUACGCCGGCUGCUGCACACUGAAAAUCGAAUACGCUCGGCCCUCACGCCUCAACGUCAUCAGAAACGACAACGACAGCUGGGACUACACCAAACCCUUCCUGCUGCGCCGAGAGCGUGGUAAAGGCCGACAGAGGCAGGCCAUCCUGGGAGAACAUCCAUCCUCAUACAGUGAUAACGGAUACGGCGCUCACUGCCCCCUGCUGCCGCUGCCCAGUAAUAACCGCUUCAAGCGUGGCUCUCAUGAUGUCACAGAGGUCGUGACCUAUCCACUGCCCCAGACAUCUUCAUACAUGAGCCCCGCCUCCAGCUCCGUCGCCAUGGUGAGCGGCCUGCAUCCCGCCAAGAUGAACUGCACUCGCAUCUUCAACCUCUUCUGUCUCUACGGCAACAUCGAGAAGGUGAAGUUCAUGAAAAGUGUCCCGGGCACGGCUCUAGUAGAGAUGGGUGAUGAGUACGCAGUCGACAGAGCAAUCACACACCUCAACAGCAUCAAGGUGUUCAGCAAACGCCUCAACGUCUGCGUGUCGAAGCAGCACGCUGUGAUCCCCAGUCAGGUGUUUGAGUUGGAGGACGGCUCCAGCAGUUAUAAGGACUUCGCUAUGACUCGUAACAACCGCUUCACCAGCGCCGGCCAGGCGUCCAAGAACAUCAUCCAGCCGCCCUCCUGUGUGCUGCACUUCUACAACGUGCCGCCCUGCAUCAGAGAGGACGACCUGCAGCGGUUAUGCACAGAACACGACGUCCCAGGAUUCAUCAAGUACAAAGUGUUUGACGCCAAACCCAGCUCUAAGACCAUCUCUGGCCUGCUGGAGUUCGACAGUAAGACGCACGCCGUGGAGGUUCUGACGGUCCUCAAUCACUAUCAGAUCCGGAUCCCCAACGGUUCAAACCCGUACACACUGAAGCUGUGCUUCUCCACCUCCUCACACCUCUGAGCCGAGCCACGCCCCCUCGUCUUCAUCUUCAUCAUCACCUCCUCCUGCUCCUGCUCUCUCACACCCCACUUUAGUUAUUCAUCUGUAAAUCUGAUCCAACCAGGAAACUGACACACACACUCACACACAGACACACACACACACACACACACACU